GCCAGCAGCAGUGCCUGCUCCACAUAGCUGCCCCUGCAGCCUCCUGGCAGCUAACAGCCCCCUCCACAGGCUCUCCGGGACAGGGGCUCCCAAGAGAAAUCCAGAGUUAGUUGGCCCUCAUGUCAGUCAUACCCAGCCCCAAGCCCGUCUCCACCUUGGCACCCGACAAUGAUUUUAGAGACAUCCACAACUGGACCGAGCUGCUCCACCUCUUCAACCAGACCUUUUCCGAUUGCCACAUAGAAUUCGAUGAGAACACCAAACAAGUGGUCCUCUUCGUCUUCUACCUGGCCAUCUUCGUGGUAGGGUUAGUGGAGAACGUCCUGGUGAUAUGUGUCAACUGCCGCCGUUCAGGCCGGGUGGGGAUGCUGAACCUGUACAUCCUCAACAUGGCCAUCGCAGACCUGGGCAUCAUCCUGUCUCUGCCUGUUUGGAUGCUGGAGGUCAUGCUGGAGUACACCUGGCUCUGGGGCAGCUUCUCCUGUCGCUUCAUUCAUUAUUUCUACCUUGUCAACAUGUACAGCAGCAUCUUCUUCCUGACGUGCCUCAGCAUUGACCGCUACGUCACCCUUACCAACACCUCUCCCUCCUGGCAGCGCCACCAGCACCGAAUACGGAGGGCGGUGUGCGCAGGCGUCUGGGUCCUCUCCGCCAUUAUCCCACUGCCCGAGGUGGUGCACAUCCAGCUGUUGGAUGGUUCCGAGCCCAUGUGCCUCUUCCUAGCACCUUUUGAAACGUACAGCGCCUGGGCCCUGGCAGUGGCCCUGUCUGCUACCAUCCUGGGCUUCCUACUGCCUUUUCCUCUCAUCGCAGUGUUCAAUAUCCUGUCAGCCUGCCGGCUCCGGAGGCAAGGGCAGACGGAGAGCAGGCGCCACUGCCUGUUGAUGUGGGCUUACAUAGUUGUCUUUGUCAUCUGCUGGCUGCCCUACCAAGUGACUAUGCUGCUGCUCACUCUGCACGGGACCCACAUCUUCCUCCACUGCCACCUGGUUAACCUUCUUUACUUCUUCUACGAAAUCAUCGACUGCUUCUCCAUGCUGCACUGUGUCGCCAACCCCAUCCUCUACAACUUUCUCAGCCCAAGCUUCCGGGGCCGACUGCUGAGCCUUGUGGUCCGUUACCUUCCCAAGGAGCAGGCCAGGGCAGCAGGUGGUCGAGCCUCCUCCUCUUCUUCCACCCAGCACUCCAUCAUCAUUACCAAAGAGGGCAGCCUGACGCUGCAGCGGAUCUCCACACCCACCCCAUCCGAAACGUUCAGGCAUCUUCUCCGCCUCCAAACACCUCACCUACACUCUGCAAUUCCGUAGCGAGCUAAGGUAGACUCUAGCUUCCUCCACCAAUAACAAAGUUCAGAAGGGGAUACAAGAGGUCUGUGGGAGGGGGUGGGAAGGACUGGCUUGUUCAAGGCCAAUUUUAAGUAUAUCAAAAUGUUGCUGUGGGGAGAGGGAAGGACAGAGAAUGGGCCUUUCCUUGGUAGUAUACUAUUUGUUUGGGUACUGAUG